UGUUAUCUUAUUUGGUUUAUUACGUAAGAAAGCAUGGAAUUAUGGACGUCUUGCAUUAUUAAACAAAACAGAUGAGAGAUGGAUGGAAUUAUUUUAUGGAGUCAAUGAGGGCAGAGACACAGAAGCAAUGUGUGUAGAAACUUCUGUUAAUUCUCAACUUUCGCAAGUUGAUAGAGGUUUCACAUCAUGGAUUGUUACUGCAUUCAGAGUUACCGAUGAGGAAUUAUUAAAACGAGCUGGACCAGAUGGUUUAUUAUAUAUAUCAUUCGAACGUCAUCUGAUCAUCUUGACGUGCUUAAUGGUUAUUAUAUCAUUAUGUAUAGCUUUACCAAUUAAUUUUCAUGGUAAUAUGCAAGGGGAUAAGGCAACAUUUGGUCACACAACAUUAUCAAAUUUAGAUCCAAUGUCUACAUGGAUUUGGGUGCAUACAAUUUUAAUUUUAUCCUACUUACCAGUUGGUGCAUAUAUAAUGAGACAUUUUUUGAAAAAGGUAAGAGAUUCCAGACAUGGUGGUGAAUUGGCAGCUAGGACACUAUUAAUUACAGAAAUACCAAAGCAUCAGUGUGAUGUACAAGGUCUUACUGAUUACUUCAAAGAAAUAUUUCCUACUUUAACAGUGGAGGAUAUUACAUUAGCUUAUGAUGUUAGAAGACUUUCAAUACUAAAUAUAGAAAGAGAUUGUGCUGAACAAGCACGUUUAUAUUGUGAAAACUAUGCAAAGAAAAGAGAACCAUUACAAAUGUAUCCAUAUCCCUGUGGCCAAGUGAUAGGUUGCUGUUGUAAAAAUCAAGUCGAUGCCCAAGAAUUUUAUAUAAAUGAGGAAAUACGAUUAACUGCAUUAGUCGAAGAAGAGAAGAAAGUGGUACUAAGCAGACCCCUUGGAGUAGCUUUCAUGACUUUAAGUACACCUGGUGCAGCUAAAGUUAUGCGGAAGUACUUGUGUUCGUUGCCUAGCAUAAAAUGGGUUAUAGAUUAUGCACCUACCCCUUCUGAUAUCUUUUGGGAAAAUUUAAGCAUACCAAGACCAUGUUGGUAUCUGAAUGCUGUUUUAAUAAACUUUGCAUUGGGUAUUAUACUAUUUUUCCUUACGACACCAGUUGUAAUAGUAUCUGCUUUGAACAAAUUACCAAUCACAGGGGAGAUUAUGAAUCUUAGCCCAAUAGUUUCAUCUUUUCUUCCAACUGUGUUAUUAGUUAGUGUGGCUGCUUUAAUGCCAGUAUUAGUAGCGAAAAGUGAAUCAUUAGUUAGACAUUGGACUAGAAGCAGCCUAAAUCGAGCAGUAAUGACAAAAACAUUACUUCUUUUAUUACUGAUGGUUCUUAUAUUACCUAGCUUAGGUUUAACUAGUGCACAGGCAUUUUUGGAGUGGACUGUAAAUGCGGCAAAUGAAACAGGAAGAUGGGAUUGUGUAUUUCUACCAGAUCAGGGCGCUUUCUUCGUAAAUUACGUAAUUACUGCAGCUUUAUUAGGAAGUGGAUUGGAAUUAGUCAGAUUUCCCGAAUUAGCAUUAUAUACGUUCAGACUAUGCGUAGCACGUAGUAGAGCAGAAAGAAUACAUGUUAGAAAAGCAGUAUUAUGGGAAUUUCCCCUAGGUGCUCAUUAUGCCUGGUUGCUCUUAGUUUUUACUAUGACAACAGUAUACAGUUUAGCCUGUCCAUUGAUUACACCUUUUGGUCUGUUGUAUCUCACAGUGAAACAUUUGGUGGAUAGACAUAAUUUAUGUUUUGCCUAUGGGCCAAGUAUUGGAGGUGGUCAAUUAGCUGGUGCAGCAGCAAGUGCUACUGGAGCUGCACCAAUUUUGGCUCAAGCAGCACUGUUAGCUCUAGGUUUGGUAAGAAGAGGGCUAUCACCUUUAGCUGCAGUACAACUUAGUGGCCUCGCUGCAAGUAUUUUAGGUCUUGUUACCGGAGCUACUUUAUCUUCAUCAAAGUAUAAAAUACAAAUGCAAAAAAGAGACCUAUCAGCUGGUCAAAAUUUUGUUGCACCAGUGUUGCGAAACAAACAAAACUCAUUAGAAGAAACCAUAUCCACAGCUUCAAAUUCUGAUCUCAGUCCACAAUGUUUAAGAAGCUCUAGUGUACCUUCGAUACAGGAUGAUCCGAAACUUUAUCAAGACUAUGGUAAAGAAUCACAAGCUUAAUAGCUUUUGAAUUAUAAUAUUCGAUAUUAAUUAUA